AUGCUCUCGUGUAUCCACCAGGGCCCAAGACUCGCUGCUCGCAGCGUAGGGGGCCGUAAGGCGCUCGGAGGCGCACACUUCUUAGCACGGAGACUGUCUACCCACGAUGCUCGAUAUGCACCCACGUCUGAAACGGUCGCUGAACCCUCUGCACCGUCUUUUGCAUGGUCACCUCCCCCCCUUACACAGGCUGAAGACGAGUUCUGGCGCGCGAUCCCGUUGUGGAGUGAGGUUUCCAGCGCGGAUUUCUUGUCCUGGAGAUGGAGCAUCGGGAACGUUGUCGAGACGAAGAGGCGCCUUCUCAACUUCCUCGAAGCCGUGGUCCCAGCCGAAGUCCCUCGUGACAAUGCCUUUGGCGGCAUCCAGAGCCGUGACGAGUUCAUGGCCGAUGUGUGCCGCGGCAUCGACAAGUCCGCAAUGUCUGUUCGGAUGAUGCCGUACGUACUGAGUAGGAUAAAUUGGCAGGACCCAGCAAACGAUCCGAUUUUUCGACAGUUUCUCAUGUUGGAGUCUGUGAUGAUAGACGAUCACCCUAAGCUUAGACUCGAUCCGUUGGAUGAGCAGAAAGACGAGCCGGUCCCCAAUCUAGUGCAUCGUUAUCCCGACAAGGCUUUGUUUCUUGCAACCUCCGUCUGCCCAACUAAUUGUGUGUUCUGUACGAGGUCAUACGGGGUUGGCGCCAGCACUCAGCUGGUCACCAAAAAAUCCUUCACACUCUCCCGUGCAAAGAUGGAGGCCGUGUUCAAGUAUAUCGAGAGUCAAGAAGGGUUGCACGACAUCGUUGUCUCCGGCGGGGAUUCGUAUUAUCUCUCGCCCAACAUCCUCGAGUGGAUUGGCGACCGGCUGAUCGGCAUGAAGAACAUCGAAAGGUUCCGGAUCGCCUCCAAGGGACUGGCCAUAGCGCCUAGCCGAUUUCUCGAUAAGGCCGACCCGUGGACGGAUGCCUUGGUCCGGGUGGCAGAAAAAGCCAGGAGGGCUGGCAAGCACAUGGCUUUGCACACCCACUUUAACCACCCGAAUGAGAUCUCCUGGAUUACGGAGAGGGCGAGCCUUAGGCUGCAGCAGUCCGGGGUGAUGGUUCGAAACCAAACCGUGCUGCUGCGCGGCGUUAACGAUAACGUCGAUACCAUGCUGUCCCUCAUCAGGAAGCUAGCUAAGAUGGCCAUUCAUCCCUACUACGUGUACCAGUGCGAUAUGGUACCGGCGGUCGAGCACCUGCGCACCCCCCUGCAGACGAUACUUGACAUCGAGGCACAGCUCCAGGGUGAGAUAGCCGGGUUCGACAUACCGAAGUUCGUGGUCGACCUCCCCGGCGGUGGAGGCAAGCGGCCAGCGUACCUCCACGAGUCGUAUGACCGAGAAACUGGCGUUUCCACAUUCACGCAACCAGCACUUAAGGGUAGGAGUAAGGAGGGCAGAACGUAUAGAUAUUACGAUCCGGUUAAGCCUCGACAGGAUUCCGCCGUAUGA